AUGGCGGACAUCGAAGAUCGCGGUGGCUCAACCCAUUUUGAACACUCUGUGCCUGCCGCUACACCAAACACAGAUAAUCGGUGCGAAGAUAGUUCUGGAGCCACGAACAAGUUCGAGCGCUUCAACGAUCUACCCAUUGAAUUGAGGUUGAGGAUCUGGACAAUUGCCUCAUUCUUCCCACGGAAUGUGUGUGUGGAGGUCGACAGGUGGUUCCAGUGCGGUAUUGAGCAGGAGGAUUGGGGUCAUCUUGGGGCCUUUCGCGUUCCUGUAACUUACACGAGCAAUUGUCCUGUUCCCACGGUACUCCACGUAUGCAAGGAAUCGCGAAAAGAAGCAUUGAAGUACUAUAGCUUGGAAUUCGGAGGGCAUCAAGAGAACGAAGUUGAUGAUUAUGAACGGAGUUACACAAUCUCAAUUCCGCCGGUCGUUUACUUUAAUUGGAAGGCUGACACGCUGUUUACCCCGCGCACGUUUAGCAUAACAGGUGGCAUCGAAGACUACGGGCUCGAUCUCGCUCGGAUGGUCAACUUUGUCGACAUCGAGCCUGGGACACAUGGAGCAAGAUGGGAUUCAGUCCUCAGAGAGGCCGACUCCGACGGACUCAGAUCCGUUAUGAAGUCGUUGCUAGGUGGCAACGCCGAACCUUUCCUGAAGUUCUGGCAUUGGUUUUCUGGCUUGACGAACCCUCCUAGGAUCCGGAUUUGUGAACUCGCGAAUAUUGAGCUUUGUCCCGAGAACCCCGAGUUUUGA